AUGACUCCUGAAGACAACCGGCACGAGCUCCCCAACCUCUCCAAAAAAAGGAGACACACUCGGCCGAGCAAGCCAAAACCCGCACCCGGAAAUCAAAGUUUCCCCGCUAUUGGAGAAGUGUUUGUGUCAAUCGAAAACAGAGAGGGACGACUCCGGGCGGAGGCCGGCGGCUGGAACGGCUCGGCGCCGACCGCCGCUAUCGCCGCCCGGGCCGCGGCUAGUUGCUGGCCCUCCCCGGGCGCGCGUCCCUCGGUCCCUGGUCUCCUGGCCCAGUCGCCGCCCCGGCGCGUCUCACCCCAGCUCCGGCGGCUCGGUCACUGCUCCUGGCUGUUGGCUGAGCUCUGGAAGCCCCCUCGCCUUAAUGCAGCGCCCGCCGACGUCACUGCGGCCUGCGACCAAUCAGCGCCUCGCGGUCCCUCUGUAAACCAUUCUGCAUCCCCCGGCCCGGGAGAGUGCGCGGAGACCGCGUUUAGAGGAUCAGUGGCGGCGGCACCCGCGGCCCCGCGCGGCGCGGACAGCGGGCAGCACCGUGCCUGGAACCCCUCCUGCUCCGAGGGUCAGAAGCAGCACAGGAUUCCUAGACAAGGAGCGCGGGGACCUGGCUACGCUGUCCCCGGCCUUUGCAUUGUGCUCUCCAGAAAGGCUGCACUUGGUCACAGUUUCGUUAGCAUGGCAUUCGAAUGCGGCCUCCUUGGAUUCUGGCCAGCACUGGGCACUGCUGCUGUCUUCGAGCCACUAGUUCUCAAUCUGGGGCAUGGCUUUGAAGAGAAGGUUGCUAAGCCUCCUCAACCCCAAUGCACACCAAUGCCAUUUCCCCACUCAUCUGGAAACCUGGUGGGUCCUGGCCAAACGCCUGUAUGUCAAUUCCACCUCCAACUUGGCUGCCUACCAUGCCAACAUUUUCAUCUCAAGCCUUUCAGAUCUGCUUUGGGCACCCGAAGACAGAGUGAAUCAUCUUUCAAGGGUCAGACACUUAGCACAUGGCCUUCCCUCUGCUUAGAAUGCUUUUCCCUCUUUCCCAAUUGCCUUUUAUUAUCAGCCUAAAAAAUAUUUAUUUCUGUCCCUAAAAUCUCAGAUAUUACUUCUCCAGGUGCUUUCCCAGACCCCUCACUUUAUUCCAGAAGGAGCUACCACCACUUUUGCCUGGCGAGUACGUUUUCACAGUUACACUUAUACGCUACAGCAACUUAUUGGUGAUUUGUCUGUCUCCCUUACUCAACAGUGAAUUAUUCACCUAUCCCUGGAAACCUGGAACUACUCAAUAAAUGUUUGUGGCAUGAAUAUACAUAUACGCUCUUCUGCCUUUCAUUUUUUUACAUACCCUUCAAGGCCUUGCUCAGCCAUCACCUCCUUUUUCCUGGAUUCACUUCCCUGUAGAGUUAAUCAUGCCUCUGUGUUCCCAUGGCACUUUGUAUGUGAUUUCAUUAAAAACUUGCCUGCUGAAAAACCGAAGACAUCAGCUUGAUAUAAGAGAAAAAAACCUUGCCAAAUUGCCUCAUAUUUCCUUAUCAGCCUAUCUGGGGCUACCAUGUUGCACAACUCUGGGACACGAUUCACAUUAAAUCAAGCAAAGCAGAGAUGGCACCUGUACUUGCCCACUAGGCAGUGAAAUUCUGCAGAGCAAAGACCCCAUGACUUUACAAAUAUCCUGUAUGUUAUUUUCCAGAAAAAUAUGCUUUUCUGGACUACAUUAGUGUCGAUUCAGAAUAGGUAUGCAAUAAACAUGCAAUGAACACAUGUUUAAUUAUUCAACAGCGACAGGAGGUUCAGUGGAGAGAGCUCUAGAAUUGGAGUCUGGGGAAGUGGAUUCUAGUUCUAGACUGCUGUGCAGCCUUAGGUGAACCACCCAACCUCCCUGAUCCUCAUCCUUCAAAAUCAAGUCAUAAAUGCCUAAAGUGCCUAGGACAAAGUAGGUGCUCAAUGCAUGUCAGUUUCCCCCUUUUCUUCAUCUGUAAAAUGAGAAAUUUUAAUAUUUCUUGUAUUCUUGUAGAACGAGGAGCUCUCAAAGGCUUGGAAGGAGUUUUGAAAGGCACCUUGGCAUCUUUGAAAGGUGGUCAUCCAGUUCCGGUGUGUGCAUCUCUAGUGAUGAACUGCUUCCUCACAAAACAGGCUAUUCCACCUUCAGACAGCUCUGCCUUGAAAAGAGCCCCAUUGUCUGACUCUUGGCUUCCCAGAAUCUCCACCAUAGGGACCAGUUUUGUGUCAUGAGGCUAGUCCCAUUGCCUCAGAUGAUAUUCACAGACAGCGAUCUGCUCUAGGCUCGAAGGUGCCAGUUCUAUUGCCGUUCCUUAUGUGACUUGAUUGAAAACACAGUCACCCUCUUGGUUACCCUCCUCUGAGCUUGCUCCCCUUUGUCCAAAGACCUCUUAAGAUGGAACUCCAGAAAAGGAUAGGACUCUCAUCUUCCUUUGCUAGAAUGGUUGCCUUUUUUUUUUUGAGAUGGAGUUUCACUCUCGUCACCUAGGCUGGAGUGCAAUGGCACAACCUUGGCUCACCACAACUUCCACCUGCUGGAGUCAAACGGUUCUGCCUCAGCCUCCCUAGCAGCUGGGACUACAGGUGUGCAUCACUAUGCCAAGCUAAUUAUAUAUUUUUAGUAGAGACAGGGUUUCACCAUGUUGGCCAGGAUGGUCUCAAACUCCUGACCUCAGAUGAUUCGCCUGCCUCAGCCUCCCAAAGUGCUGGGAUUACAGGUGUGAGCCACUGCACCUGGACAGAAC